UUUAUAUAUCUGUACUUGUGUACUUUUAGAAAUUGUUUAGAUUUAAAGCUAGUCGGUACACCAAACAUUGAAGUUUAACAUCCUAAAUUAGUUAUAUAAAGAAUCUUUUGCCGCAUUUCUAAUAUUGCUCUCUCUUUGAAGAAAAUUUACCGUUUGGUAUUUUUACAUUUUUAUCCUCAUAAUAUCUAUUCCUACAUUUCUGUUUGAGAAGCCCACCUAUAGCAUUAAGCUGUGUGCUUGUGGUACACGUUGGCCUCAGUGCCCACGUCACACUGUCCUUCCAGGUCACUCUGUCCUUCACUGCAGUGUUCAUUUUCACGGAUGUCUGCUGAUAGGAUGCUGUGGCAGUCAGGUGUUUGGGCCCAGUCAGCCAUAGACCACCAAGAGCAAACCCUUAGUCCAACAAAAGAAAAUCCUUACCCUGAUUCCAAAGAAGAAUAGAUUGAGAAGGGAAGCUGAAGAUAGAGACCAGACUAACAGUCUUACCACUACUAAUGAACGAAACUUAGUGCAUAGCCAAACAUCUGGAACAGCUGUCCAAAGCCUGAAGCCCAGAUACUACUUGGCAUUGCUUCUCUCCAAGGAAGACAGACAAGGAGUUAACUGAAAAUUCCCCACAAUAAGUGGAAGCAGCAGCUUAUAUCUUGAGGUGAAUAUCAUCAAGGAGAGACCAAAGACAGAUGAACACAAACCUUACCCAUGCUCAUUCCAGGACUGUACUGAAGUAGAGCUUGUGGCAGUUGUGUGUCCCUACUGCGAGAAGAACUUCUGCCUAAGACACCGUCAUCAGUUGGACCACGGGUGUGAAAAACUGGAGGCCCCACAGCCUCGAAUGACUGCCACACAGAAACUUGUCAAGGACAUUAUUGACUCCAAGUCAGGAGGGGCAGUGAGUACAGGCCGGAAGGGCGCAAAGAGCAGCGGGACAGCCGCGAAGGUGGCCCUGAUGAAGCUGAAGAUGCAUGCUGACGGGGACAAGUCGCUGCCACAGACAGAGAGAAUUUACUUUCAGGUUUACUUACCAAAGGGGAGCAAAGAAAAGAGCAAAGCCAUGUUCUUCUGCCUCCGAUGGAGCAUUGGGAAGGUGGUGGACUUCGCAGCCUCUCUAGCCAAUCUUAGAAACGAGAACAACAAGCUGAUGGCAAAGAAGCUGCGGCUGUGUCACGUCCCUUCAGGAGAAGCCUUGCCCUUGGAUCAUACUUUGGAAACAUGGAUCACUAAGGAGGAUUGCCCUUUACAUAAUGGAGGAAAUGUUAUUUUGGAGUAUCUUAAUGAUGAAGAGAAGUUUUUAAAAAACGUUGAUUCUUACUUGGAAUAGUCACUCAAAAAUUAGAGCCAGAAUUUACAAGCAGAAAUCAUUCUUUUACGACAGAUACUUUUUAGAAACUCUGAAAGGUGCUUUUUAAUAAUUUAUUUCCAUUAGGUCAUAAUUUACAUCAGUUGUUUUCUACUGAGUUCCAGAUUUUGUGUUUUAAAUUUGAACUAUGUAUUAGUAGUUAUGGCAAAGUACUAUUUUUAUUGCUGUUUCUGGGAUUUGCUGUGGAAAUAUCAGCAGCCGUGUCUUUCCUGCUAGGCUGAUGCCAGCCACUGACUGGCUGCCAUGCCACGUUCUGUACCACCCUCACUCUGAGGUCGGCUCACACAACACCCACCAUUUUGUGAUUUUGCCGUUCUUAUGGCAGAGGAGGACGCAGGUGGCAGAUUCUUCGGUACUUGUCGUCUUUGUUUUAAGCAGGUCCUAUGAUUAAGCCUAAUUGACUAAGGGGCCAGAAUACAUAACCUAGUAUAUACCUAAAUGAUGAUGUGUGGAUUGGAAUAUGCACAUGAAUUGUGGGAUCUUAGCCUUCCUCUCACUCAGUCUUCCAAGGGUUUGGAUAAGAAACCUCAUAUCUAAGAAGGGAAAGUUAUUUUCUUGAUAUCAUGUAAUUGCACUGAAUAUAUUUCUGGUAAAGAAUUUUCUCUAAUAGGAUUCACGUUUUUGUUGGUAUGAUGUAUGAGAAUAGAGAAAUGAGAAGAGCAAUCAAUAGACUGCUUUGUUGCAAUCUCUUUCAUUGCACCAAAGCAAACUAUAUACCAGCAAUUAUUGCAUUUUAUCUAUAAAUUGAAAUAAGUCCUUUUGGGGAAUGCUUUCUGUCUACGCUUGAGAAUGAAUGUUUCUGUCUGUAGUGUAUGAAGGACUGCACUAAAGGAGGAAAUAAAGUAUUUUUAAUUGCUCCCCCUCCUUCUGUGCCAGUUUUCAUGACUUUAGGUUUAAUUAAAAGGAUAAACUCA